GCGACGAAGGUCAGAGAGCAUGUGUGUGUUACGUGAUGAGGAGGGCUUCCUCCUGUGCCUCCCUGGUCACUUUGGCGACCUCUCGGCCCACGGCACUGGCCUAGGUUACCAGACGGCCGUGUCAGAGCUCGGGCCCUCUGCGGCCGACACGCGUGCAGCAAAGCGUGCUCCGAAAGCCAAGCGCCCUUCUGUGGCCCAAAUCGCUACGCAGACAGCCGCCCUCACAGAGGUGGUUGCCAAAAUAAGCACGCAGCUGGCAGCGCUUCAGCAGCAGGCCGCCGGGCCACCCGCCGCGCAGCCCGAGCCCCUGCACAGCGCCCCGAAGGAGGCCCCUCCAUUGGACUCUCAGGCCCGCCUGCGCCAAAGCCCUGUGUCAGCCUUGGUUCCUCCCUAUCAGAGUGUGCCAAAGUCUCUCGCUGCGGCCUUGGGUGCUCCCCCGCCUGUGCGCAGGACUCCCGACCCUUUGCCCGCCGCCCAGGCCGACUUAGAUGCCCAGAUGGAGGCCGCCAUUAUCGAAGGAGAGCUGCCAAACGUGCAAGAGCCCGGCGUGCUGGCUUCAGCUAUGAUGGCGCAGAGCAGGGCACUUCUAGCCCUCGUGGGGCAUCUCGCUCAGGGUGGGGACCCGGUGCUGGACUCCCAGACGUCCUCGAGCUCCAGGACCGCCCAGUCCAGGCAGAGAUUGCAGGCCGAGCUGGCUCAGCUAAGUGGCGUCUUCGCCGAGAAGGUGAGAGCAAAGGCCGCGCACCGCAUGGCGCCGGCGGGCAUCAACCCCGCAGAGCCGGCCUCCCUUUGCCGUUAUUUCGAGAGGCCGCCCGAGCUUUCGAUCUUACUUACGGCGGAGCAGCCAAAAGCCGCGGCCGACGCAUUGGGUCUCCUCCUGGUCUACCUAGACCAACUGGCCUUGGACUCGGGCUCAACAACAGUGGCCUAUUUGAUGACCCUGCUUCCCGACCCGCCUCAAGGCCUGUUUGCAGAGGGGCCCGCACCCCCGGGAGGAAGCCUUCAGGCCUUCACCCCGCUCGCCGAUCAGACUUGGAUCACGUCCGCGUUGGGCUUUCUUCGGGAGAUGGACCUCAUCACGACUCGGCGGGCGGAGGCAAAGGAAGCAGCAGAGGGCGGCAAAGUGGGCCGCGCAGAAGGCAGCAGCCGCUGCCGCGACAAAGUGAGUUCGGCCGACACGGCCCGCGCAGAAGGCAGCAGCCGCUGCCGCAACAACGUGAGUUCGGCCGACAAGGCCUGCACAGAUGCAUGUGACCUAGGUGGGCCAGCCUUGGCCUUCGAUGGUGAAUUCAACUUUUCGUCUUGGGCUGGGGCCCUCCCACGCCUUGUUCUGAAAACCAGGACAGCUUUUAGUCACUUCCUUUUCAAAACUUUGCACCUCCAGCGGGACGAGGCUCUUUCCGUCCCUACCGCCCUCUUCCCCUUGCCUCUGCCAGAUGCUUUUCCUGCUAGAAGCAAGCCCCGUGAGAGAGGAGGCUCAAAGCGCGGCUGUGGGAAUGUACGAGUUGCCUUGCACUGUCUGGUCAUGGCCCUCAACUUCCUUCAUGCCGGGUUCCGGCCUCCACCCUUGGACUCUUUGCGGAGGCCGCCGGGUGCCUCACACGUGGCUGUGUACAAGCGCCUGGUUGGCUUUCUUAGGGCGAGCUGCCGCCUUGGGGUUCCGUGCCCUUCUGUGCUGGCAGACGAGGCACUCACUUGGUUGCCAGGUGCUGCAGGUGCCAAGGUCCCACAUCGCGCCUCCGGGCCCGACUGCCUCAGACCUUACAGGACUUUGGAUGCCGAGGGCAUUGUGCUGCAUGGGUCUGGAAACUGGGAUCCCACACCUUACCUCCCCACCAGCAUGCGACUUGCCUACCUCGAGAGCCCCGACAUGCUUUUGCAGCUCCUCAAGGUUUGGGACGCCCGUUCCCUUUUGCAGCUUAGGCGAGGCCAGAACAGCUACGAGUGCCGUUUGGAGGGAGUCUCCCCGGAGCUCCCGGCCGGCUUCCUGCUCACGAAUGCUGUAAAGCCCUGCCUCCUCUUAAGGGACUUCGUGGGCACCAAAGCUUUCGAGCACUACGUGGCUUGGGUCGCCCUAUUUCAGGGCGAUGCCUCGGGGGUGGAGUUUGCAACGGCAGCACAUUCUGCAUUUCUCGAGGGUACUAGCGACCUGCCAUCCCCCGAGAAGGGCCGCAUUGAGGUUCCCCCGGCUCUUCUGCCAGAGAGUGCGCAGUUUACGAGUGAGAGCCCUGACCCCCCGGCUCCCAGCGCAUCAGAGAGGAUGAUCCUGAAAGCCAGGGCUGCUUACGAGAAAGCCGGUAUCCUGGGCUCUCCCGAAAAGGACACCCUAAGUGAGGAUGUCUUUGUCAUUGGAGGAGCUCAGGUGGACUCAUCUCCUGCUUCGGUCCGAGCUGGGCUGGUCCAAGUUGGGACGCCCAUCCAGAAGCGCCUCUCGCUUUCCUUGGCCUCUUUGAAACUCGCCGGGUACCGCACCACCACAGAGGAGCUGACCUCGAUGAUAACUGGAGCAUGGAUUUCGGCUCUCCUCUUUAGGAGGUGUGCCAUGGCAUGCCUUGGCAAGCUCUUCGGCAUCAGUGUCAAAGAAGCCCCGGGCCCCGAAGGCUCUAGGCUUGUGUCCCUUCCCGUGCUUGCGGCGAAUAUUGCAGCCCCUUUCCUGCAAGAGGUAUUUGCCUCAGACGCCUCGAUGAAGAAAGGCGCCUACGUCAAGACGAUUGCGUCACACGACGAGGCCUCCGUACUCUGGCUGGCCGCCGACACAAAAGGCUUUUACACGAUGUUGGACCCCCCAGCCCGUGCCGCUUUGGCGUCAGUCGGAGCCGAGCCCUUGGACUUAGUGGCCGGCCCUCCGUCAGUUCCUAAGCCCUGCCCCGACCGAGAAGCACCUUUCGUUCCGAAGCCUAUCGGCCAGCGCUUUGACUUCCUAGAGCAUUUCGACGUGCUGCGCCUGGAUGCCUAUGACUGGCUGCUUUUCAUGAUCCAGGCCUCGGACCAGGAGAGGGCGAACAUCGCUGCUGCUUUGGUGGUGCCUCUCUGUUCGAAGGCCAGGGCCACUCCUUUGUGGCGUUAUCUCUGCAACCUUGAUGGGACGGCUGCCGCUUGCAAGGCCGUUCCCUGUUGGGCCUCGACCGCGGGGAGCUCGAAGGCCCCAAUCGCUUCCAGGCUCCCUGCCGCUCUUGAGAUUGCCCUUGAGGAGGCCUUUUGCAGCUCUCUGAGAAAUCAGGCCGUUGAGCCUCCUCCCCGUGUUGGCCUGGAAAGCCUGCUCGUGAACGACUUGCUGGCCGCGAGGCCUUGGGAUGUUUCAGCCUCGUGGGUGUGGCGCGAGGCGGCUCACAUAAACCUUCUUGAGACCCGGGCUUACCUCAAGACUCUACGAGACUUGGCCAAGCGGGGCGAUGACGCCCGUUUUGUGCACGUGGUGGAUUCGGCAGUGACCCUGGGGUCGUCCGUGAAGGGCAGGUCUUCGGCCCGAACCCUCGAGAAAGCCCUAAAGCAAGGAGCCGCGCUCCAAAUCGCCGGUGGCUUGUAUCCGGCACCGGUCUUCGGACCAACGUUGCAGACCUUUACACCGCAUCGACCUUCAAAGGACUCAGACAGAAGCAGACAGCAGCGACGCUCUGGCAACGACCUCCCGCAGGGGCGACCUGUGCUGGCGCGAACUCGCGUCAACAGAGCUCGCCUGCUCGUCGACUUCGAGGCCUGGCUGGUGGAACGAGGUCCAGGCUACGACGCUGGGAGGCCUUACUGGAUCUACUCUGAGACGGUGAACGGUGUAGCGGCACGCGCUCCAGCAGUCAGGCGGCAGCUUCAGCAAGCAUGGGAUCUGGGUUUUUCGUGGCUGGCCAUUGAACCUUACUCCCACCACGUGCCUCUUCCGGGAAUAUUGCUUUGCGCCAUCCUGACGGCUUGCCUGGUCUGGGGUUGGGUCAGGGAAGCAGGCCUCUUCGCCUUGGCAUGGGGCGGCCUGCUAAGGAUAGGUGAAGCCACGAACGCCAAGCGCUCGGACUUGGUGCUGCCCCGGGAUGUGCUCUUCACGCAGUGUUUCGUCUUGUUGAGGAUCCAGGAGCCGAAGACUCGUUUGCGUAUGGCGAGACAUCAGGCCGCGCGGGUGGAACCACAAGGCCUCGUCGAGCUCAUCGACCUAGUCUUUCAUGGACUUCGCCCUGACGAGCGCCUCUGGCCCAGGUCUCAGCAGACCCUGCGAAAGCGACUGGAUGCGGUACUGGCCCGCCUGGGCAUUACUCCGCGUGAGGGCGAGAAAGCCCUUGACUUGGGCUCGUUUCGCCCAGGAGGGGCAACUUACCUCCUUCAGCAGACGGAAGAUUUGGAGCUCACCCGUCGCAGAGGCAGAUGGGCCAGCCAUAAGGUAAUGGAAAUCUACUUGCAAGAAGUGGCCUCCAUCACUUUUUACCCCCAGCUGCCCCUGCCAGUUCGUGAACAAGUUCUUCGUUUCGCGCAAGGCUUUCGCCCUACGCUGGCAAAGGCAAAGCAGUGGGAAGCCCGGGGCAUACCUCCCACUGCCUGGUAUUCUCUUCUUCUUGCAGAAGGCUAG